AUGGGUUCAUCGCUGAGAAGCUUUAUUAAAGAUGUGCGUGGUGCUAAAACGCUGGCGGAUGAAAGAGCUACCAUAACGAAACAAUCUGCCAAAAUUAGAACAAAGCUGAGAGACGAUCAUUUACCGCACGACAAAAGGCGAUUGAACAUCCAGAAAUUGCUAUAUCUAUACAUUUUAGGGGAAAAAACGCAUUUCGGCCAAGUUGAAUCCAUCAAUUUAAUUGCUUCCGAUGAUUUUGUCGAUAAAAGGUUAGGCUAUUUGGCUGCCACUCUGUUGCUGGACGGGUCGGAAGAUUUGUUGACACUUUUGACCAACAUGCUGAACAACGAUUUGCAUCACCCGAAUAAAUACGCGGUGUCGCUUGCAUUGACCUCAUUAGGCUUUUUGAGUUCCCCUGAAUUGGCGAGAGAUUUAUAUCCAGACGUGGAAAAUAUCAUUAAAAAUUCAAAAGAUCCUUUUCUGUUGAAAAAAGCUCUUCAAUGUGCUGCCAAAUUAAUUUUCAAAGACACUUCGCUCUUAGAAAUUUUCAACAUUGAAGAUAUUACUGAAAUACUAUGCAAUCAUUCGAUAUGUACUCAUGGUGUCUUAUUAGGUGUCACUAAAAUUCUACAAUCCAUUUUGGCAAUUGGGUUGAAUAGGGAGAAAAACGAUGAUGAAGGUGAUAUCGAUUACAAAAAUGACAUCUUGUCCCCAUUGUCUCUACUUUUGCGUGAUUUUCUCACUCGUUUAGAAAACUUGAAUUCUAAAAACAUCGAACCUGGAUACGAUGUCCAAGGUAUUUGUGAUCCAUUUCUGCAAUGUGAGAUGCUCUACACUUUAAAACUAUACUUUCAAGUUGGAGAACUCAUGGAUUCAAAUUCUGUACUGGACUACAAAGAUAAUUUUUGCGAUUUAUUAACCCGUAUCGCGACCAAUACAGACUGUACAAAGAACAGCGGACAGGCUAUUCUUUAUGAAACUGUAAAGACAAUAUUUUCGUUGAAUUUGAAUCAACCGCUGCGUGUUCUUGGUGUUAAUAUCUUGGCCAAAUUUCUUGCAGGAAAGGAUAAUAACACCAAGUACGUUUCUUUGAACACCUUAUUAAAAGUUGUUCCGCAAGAACCCACCGCAGUUCAAAGACACAGAAAAUUCAUUUCUCACUGUUUGCAGGAUAGUGAUAUCUCGAUCCGAAUGAGAGCAUUGGAGUUAAGUUUUGCCAUUUUGGACGAUUCAAAUUUGGUGGAGAUAAUCAACGAAUUAAUGAAGUUUUUGGCCGAGCAAGAUGAAGAAUCAAAGGAUUCGGUAGUUUACACUAUAGACCAUCUAAUCGACACCUUUGACACUUACGUAGUCAAGGACGAAAAUUGGAAAUUGGACGUUUUUUUGAACGUCUUGAAAUUGGUAGGACCAUUUAUCAAUUAUGAGAAAAUUAAUGAUAUCUUAAUCAUAAUAAAUAACACCGCACAACUAUCUGAUAAAUCUGAUUUUCUGCAAAAACUAUUGACCAUUUCAUUAGAUGGAAAGUCAGCGGAAAUAUCUGACGAUAAUAUUGGCUGGCAACUGGUAUUAAUUUGGUGUAUCGGCGAGUAUGGUGGUUUAAUAUCCAGUGGAAAUACUAAGAGUAACACAGAAGUGGUCAAUGAGUCAUCUAUAACGGAUUAUCUACUAAAUUUACAAGAAUGCUACACAACAACAAACCACAAGAUAAUCAACUAUAUCUUGACAACUUCAUUAAAAUUAUCAGUAAAAUUUCAUGACCCUAAAAAUAUUGAAAAAUUGAGGCAGCUAAUAUUGCACUACGCAGAUUCCACCGAUCUAUUGCUUCAAAUGAAAAGCAAUCAAUACGAGAUCUUUUUCAACCAACCGAUAUCCACGAGAAAAAUUAUUCUAGAAACAAUGCCCAAAUUCGAAAAAAUUACCGAAAAGCAAAAUAAUGUUAAGAAUAUAUCGAAAAACCUUAUCUCCAGUGGGCCAGCUGAUUUACUAUCAGAUUUACUGAACGAUGAUAGUAAGACUGAUAUAAAACCCCCCAAAAGUGGCAAUGUUAAACCACUUGACCUAUUAGAGGAGAUUUUUGGAGAAAAGAAAAAUACCAAUGAUCCACCGAAGAGUAAGGAAAACGAAGGAUCAGUUAACCUUCCGUUACCGGUUUCUGCAGAUUCAGAUGUCAUUCUGCCUCCGGAUGUUCCCAAAAUCCACGAUAGUACCUCUCUGAAUGUAUAUGCUUCUUUACUCUCAGCAGAUUCUGGAUCCGCACAUAUAGAGCUAUUUUUCCAAGCGAAAUCUCCAGUAUUCGACCUGCAAAUCUUUUGUGCCGUUCCCAGGGCUCAGAAGUUGACAAUGGGUCAGUUAUAUCCAUCUUCGACCAUAAAGGCUAACCAAAUUUGCAAACAGUCUUUGAAAAUUUCUGGAUCUGGGAAAAUGAAGUUGAGAAUUAAGUUGGAUUUCCAUUUAAGUGGUUCCUCAUCUGCUAUCAACGAACAAUUCGAUCACAAAUUCGAGAAAACAUUAUAA